AUGGCUGAGAAGACAUUGCGAGAGUUCUCUGCCACAACAACAGCAAACAUUCAGACUGGACUAGCAGUCAACACUGGGGACAAUGGAUUCGAGCUCAAGCCUGCUCUCAUUACCAUGGUUCAAGCCAGCCAAUUCUAUGGAAAAGCUCAUGAAGUUGCAAGUGCACACUUACAACACUUUCUAGAUAUCUGUAGCACCUUCACGAUCAGAGGAGUAUCAAAAGAUGCUAUCUUACGCCAUCAUUUCCCAUUCUCAUUAUUGGGGAAAUCCAAGCAGUGGUUCUACAUCAACAAAGACAAAUACAAUACAUGGGACCUAUGCUCGACUGCUUUCCUGGCAAAGUUCUUUUUUACAACCAAGAUUAAUGCUCUGUGUGGGAAGAUUGCAAGUUUCCAACAACAACAUGAUGAAUCAUUCACUGAAGCAUGGGAAAGAUUUCAGAAUUACAUUGAAGACUGUCCUCAUCAUGGGAUAGAGGAGUGGCUGUUAAUGCAGACUUUCUAUCACGGGCUCAUCUCUAGCAUCCGUGAGUCUAUUGGUGUUGCAGUUGUGGGAGCUUUUCUGUCACUUAAGCUCUCAGACGCUAAAGCACUUGUUGAGAAGAUGGCCUCAAAUUCAACAUGCAUUGAAGAACAUACGCAGCCUCGGAAGAAAGGAGGAGGAAUCCAUCAUCUCAAGGAAGCUGACAUGGUCACUGCCAAGCUAGAUCUCAUCGUGAAGAAGCUUGACAUAGAGAAGAAGGAAGUUAUGCACAUCAAUGAUUCCCAUAUGACAUGUGAAGAAUGUGGAGACUACGGGCACUCAGUUGUUAGUUGCCCUACACUGCAAGAGGAUGUGAACUUCAUCAAUAACAAUACCUACUAUCGUCCUCAACAAAAUCAAGGGUGGAACCAACAACCUCAACAAGAAAAAGGCAAGAUUCUAGGCGAACCAGAAGAUUUAGAAACUGCUAACCUUGUUGAUAUUCACAAUGCAACCCAAUAUCGUAUUGAGCCUGUAGAUCUUGAAGAUCAGUCCAUUUACUACCCUAAGGGAGUAAUAGAAGAAGUUGUCAUUAGAGUGGGGCAAUCAUAUGUCCCAAUUGACUUCGUGGUCAUGGAGACAAGAGUAGAUGAGAAGGCACCCAUCAUUUUGGGCAGACCAUUCUUGUGCACAACAAAAGCCAUCAUCUAUGCGGAGUACGCCAAGAUUGUCCUCUGUCAAGGAUAA